ACCCGCAACAAUAGGGACGAAUUCCCCGCCCGCGAUAGUUAGAUCUGGGGUUCCGCACCUUUCUCUCGCCAACCCCUUGUGACGUCACAAUAUCAGGUCGCGUCUUAGAGUUCCUUCGUUGUUAAGUCAGAUCAAGGAUUUUGAUGUCAGAGUAGGAGAUGUUCGAUAUUCACUCAUCUUAUGUGAUGUCACACGCAGGUUUGUAGGGUCACAGUGAAUUCGAUUGUUACGUAGGUAGAUAUGACUCGAUACGAAACGUCGAGCCACGCACUGCAAGUUGGCAUGGCACGCUUUUCCUCUAUGACGUCACCGAGCAAAGAAUCAACCGAGAAAAGCCCCGUUGCAUUAAACAAUGCGGAAAGCUUAGCUAUCACUAGUCAUCGACCACCCAGCUACGUGCCUUCUUAUAUUAGACCUGCAAACGCCUCUUGUCAGCCCAACUAUACGAUCUCUAUACCAAGCACAAGACGACGACAAACGCCGAGGUUUUCGCCAAGUUCUAGAACGAAGAGACAGCCAGGAGACCUCCAUACUACAAGAAGACCAACCACACCAGUGAAUGUAAGAAGCGCCGUCGCCGCAAUGGAACAACGGAUUUCCAAAGUUGAAAAAAAGCCCAAGGUCACCAAACCAGCAGUCCGUGACGUGACAUCCAAUGACGUCAACGUUCGUGACGUAGUGAGCCGCAAUGUGAAACCUCCCGACAGGCCACUGAGUAGAAAAGGUCGCCACAGAAGAUCCAUGUCGGACCCCAACCUGCACAAGACUUUCAGUCAAGUGAAACUACUGUGGGAUGCAAAGGCGGAGACAGAUAAGAGAGUAUAUACCCCCAGCAGUCGAGCAGGGAGCGUUUCAUCCGUGUCUUCUGUAGGGAGCAACUCCAGUCGGAAGUCGUCAUCCAACUUUGUGAGUUGUGAAGAUAUUUCGGAUUCGAAAAAGCGUCCCAAACCUCCCGAGGCCUCGGGUUCGAGAAAACCAUUGCCUGCAACAAAGGUCUUUGUGACGUCACCUAAACCUUCAGUGAGCUCACAGAGUACAUCUGUUGUGACACAAAGACGUUCUGUGACGUCACUCUGCAAGUCAUCAAAGACACCGGAGACAAAAGUGACGUCAUCAGAUCAGAAGAAAAUUCUGACGUCAUCAGGAUCAUCCAAACUAACAUCUUCAUCGGAGAAAAAUAAACUUUCGACAAACCGACAAGGCAGGCCAGGUUCUUCACCAUCGAAAAACGCGAGAAGAGUCAACGAACGUCAUAAUCAAAAGACAAAGCGUUCUGUGACGUCAUCAAACGUACCCGAGAUAUCCGUGCAACCGACAGAGGGCGACAAAGAGUCAAUAUCGUGGGUAAAACGUAAACUUUCGAGCAAUUCAAGUUCCGGGGAUACGUCAUCAGUGACGUCACCGAAAAAGAUGACGUCACCAGGCAAAUCUUCGAUGGUGAGCGAGAGGGCAUUGGUGUUUGGGGGAGCGGGGAAAGUGACGUUUCCUAAACCAAGAUCAAAUCCGCCAUCGCCGCCUUUUCAGCGUCGUAUUCUGGCAUCGGAAAGUUCAACGGGCCAAUCAGUGGACACCACAGACUCCAGUGACGUCACAGAGAACAUCUAUGACGAAAUAGACAAAGUAGACGAAGGCGUCGCGAAGCUGCAAGCUACCGCGUGCUCUCAGGACGAUGACGUCAAAUUGCUGGUGAGCAGUUUAGAGAAAAAGGCCAAUAUGGCUCGAGAGAGGCGACUUAAGAAGCAGGGAUCUUUUGACUCUGCAUCCGAAGAUGACCAAACCGAGAGAAGAGAAAGUUUUCUUCGUCGAAACUCCAGCGCUGCAUCGCGCCCCGUUACCAAGCAACCAUCUACUAGUGGAAAGAGUUCGCCUUUUUCAAUUGUCCACACCGAAGCCUCUAUCUUCGGGGUUUCCCCGGAAAGUUCUUCUUACGGAGAUUCCGACGAUGACGUAAGCAAAGCGAUCGGACGUCGUCGUGCUAGCUCCCUCCACCGGAUGUUUGACGACAAACUUACAAAGGGCACGUCAUCAACACCCGGAAGUCCCGCCUCUACGUCACGGAAAAACUCCAUGAACACCCAGAGUCCGUUACUCCGGCCGAACCAACUGGAUCUAAUGCAGCGACAACGAUCUAAAACAGAAGGAGACAGGAUUACGAACUUAGUAACCGGUGAUAACAAGGAAAGGAGUAAUAGCCUUGGUAGACUGACACCUUGUGAGGGCAACAUGACGCCACCUCAAAUAAACACCCCCCAACUGCCCCCUAAACCUCGACCCGGUAGCGACGGAUCUUCCGCUUCAACGGGAAGUGACGUAAGCGGGUUUAACCUUCUUGCUGAAUACGAUAAAAUCGCACAGGAAAUAACAUUAGAAGGACAACAAUCAUCAUCGGGAGGUAGAGACUCCGGUAUCAGCGUUUGUAGAGAUUCUCUCGCUGUCCCGACAUCGAUGUCGGAUCGGGAAAGUUGGAGUGAUUUCGACAAUAGCGACGACUGCGAAGAGGGUUCAGUUGGUUCUCCUGAAAAAGUGGCGAACGAACCGACAGCCGUACGACCUGCUACCCCGCCUCCACCCCCGAAGAAAGAAAGUACUGAAACGAAACUUCACAAAAUUGCGAAGGAGUUGUUGUCAACGGAAGAAUCAUACGUGGCUGUUUUACACAUCAUUGACCAGGUGUUUCACAAACGGGUUAUGGAAGAAGCGACAAAUAAAAACAUCAUGCCAGAAAACGCCGUAAACAGCAUCUUCAGUCACGUAUCUGCUAUUUACCAGUUCCAUCAUACGUUCCUACUCCCCCAGCUAAAAGACAGGCUCGCCAACUGGGAGUCAGACCCGCGCAUCAGCGACAUCAUGUGUCGAGCUGCUCCAUUCCUUAAGAUGUAUGGUCUCUAUGUUCAAAACUUCGACGAAGCAAUGAACAUGAUAAAAGCGUGGUCGGUCAAAUCAAGCGGUUUCAACGCAAUUAUUAAAUCCAUACAAAAACUGCCAGAAUGUAAAUCACUAACGCUGCAGCAUCAUAUGUUGGGACCUGUACAACGAAUACCAAGGUACCAGAUGUUACUACAAGAUUACGUGAAGAGGAUGGCAGAAGAUUCUCCUGAUCGACCGGACACCGAGAAUGCGUUAAAGUUGAUCACUGUAGCUGCCACGCACUCCAAUGAAACAAUGAAGAAAAUGGAAAAGUUCCACAAACUGGUGAACGUUUUCAACAAACUUGCCGACGUCAACUUUGAUAUUGUGGACGUUUCAAGAGAAAUGCUCAAAGAAGGAAAGAUUGUCAAGAUAUCUGCAAGAAACGGAGAAAAAUAUGAACGAUAUCUUUAUCUGUUCAGUGACAUGCUGUUGUGCUGCACCCCACUUGGCCGGCUUCAGGGCAAAUCUUACAAAGUAACUGCGAAGAUGGAUAUUGAAGGCAUGAAAGUAACUGAGGUCAAGAAUCCAACUUCUCCUCAUGCUUUCUGUGUGGAGGGAAGACAAAAAUCAACAGAAUUUGCUGCCAGUACUCAAGAAGAAAAAGAUGCUUGGGUGUCUUCAAUAGAAGAUGCAAUUCUUCAAUCAAUUGAACGACGAAAAACAUUUGAUCUUGAUCGUACCACGCCUGUUACUGCGGCACCUAAAGAAGAUUUGACAAGCCCCACCCCUGUUAUGGCUUCUCAUCCAUUCAUUGACAUAGAAGAUGCAGACCUUGGGACAAGAGCUCCACGAUGGAUUAAAGAUAACGAAGUCACAAUGUGCAUGUGUUGCUCGAAAAAGUUCAGUAACUUGAUAAGAAGACGACACCAUUGUAGAGCUUGCGGCAGGGUUGUUUGUUCCGAGUGUUCCGAGCAUAAAUCCUCUCUUCAAUACGACUCAAGCAAACCUUUAAGAGUUUGCUCCAAUUGCUACAAUGUUUUAACUGGAAGAGAACAACAUGAUUCAACAGAUGGAGAGAAAAAAGGAGUCUUAGAGGUUGAGGCAGACAUAGUCUCGGAGCAUUCAGUUCUCUCCAAUUAUUUAUAUUUCACCGAAAAUGAGAAAAAAAGAACGUGGACCAAGACUUGGUGUGUCAUUCCCGAUAACGAACUCUGUCUUUACUUUUAUGGAGCUUUGCAGGAUGUGAGAGCGCAGAUGACAAUGCCUUUGCCUGGUUACGACGUCACGUCAUUCACCUGCCAUGAGCACAAGUUUUGUUUCAAGCUAAACCAAGCAAGAAAAGUGCAUUUGUUUGCUGCCGACACUAAAGAACUAAGAGACAGAUGGAUGUACGCUUUAAAACAAGCGAGUGUAGGGGAGGACCUUGAUAGAGACGAUGUUCUCAGGUUAGGGAAACAACCUGUAGUUCCCCAUGUUAUGGAAGAACAAAAUUUGCACAAUGGGAAUGAAGACAGCUGCAGCAGUAGUGGGGAAUUUGAGGACUAAUUAUUUUUAAUUUAUUAUAUUUAUUGUUUUAUCUUGUUGUUCCAGAUUUAUCGCAUGCCAACCCCUGUUUUUAUUGUUUAGCGCAAUUUAACGGCAAUUCCUGAAUCAGUUUAAUGGCAAUAACGGGUAGGUAAAAUCGUACAAAUGUAAUUAUUGCUUGAGUAGCAACUAUGUUGCUAGUUUAUAACAACUCACAACUUAAAUUGUAGAAAUUUCCAUCCUGCUAAGAUGCUUGCAAAAUGCUUUACGAAAACACAUUAAUUUCAUUCUACCCGACCCUAUAUUCAAAUUAGAAUUGCCUUUUGCUAUGCCGUUAAGAGUAUAGUAUUGUUUCCACGACGAUAUCUUCAGUUUCGCAUUGUUCGAUCACUGUACUAUUACGAAAUGAUUUCAUUCGCGAUUAAACGAUUAUUCCAUAAACGAAA